UAAUUUUGGUAAGCUGGUAAGACUCCCAUAUCCUAUCCUAUCUUAUAAUCCCUGUUUGGUCUUUGGACAGUAAACGGAGUAGUAUCUAGAACUAGAACUAGAAGAAGCUCAUUUCUUCCCUCUCUUUCUAGAAGCCAAGCAAGGAUGCUGCUUCUCUUACUUUUUUUCUUUCUGUCUCCACCAAUCGCUCUCUCUCUCAACCAAGAGGGUCUCUAUCUCCAGCGAGUCAAGCUAGGCUUCGACGACCCAGACGGUGUCUUAUCCAACUGGAACGACCGAGACGACUCGCCAUGUCACUGGUACGGUGUCACCUGCGACUCGGCCACCGGCUCCGUCAACUCAGUCGACCUCUCCAACGCCAACAUCGCCGGUCCCUUCCCUUCUCUCCUCUGUCGCCUUCGCAGCCUCACUUUCAUCUCUCUCUACAACAACUCCAUCAACUCAACCCUCCCCUCCGAUCUCUCCACUUGUCAGAAUCUCGAGCACCUCAACCUCGCCCAGAACCUCCUUACCGGAACACUACCGGACGCCAUAGCCGACCUCCCAAAUCUCAAGCACCUCGAUUUGACUGGAAACAAUUUCUCCGGCGACAUUCCGGUUACUUUUGGGAGUUUCCGGCGACUCGAGGUUAUUUCUCUUGUUGAGAACCUUUUCGACGGGGUCAUUCCGGGGUUUUUGGGGAAUAUUUCGACUCUGAAACAGCUCAACCUCUCGUACAACCCAUUUUCGCCGAGUCGGAUCCCGCCGGAGCUCGGGAAUCUGACGAACCUCGAGAUCUUGUGGCUCACUGGCUGUAACCUAAUAGGCUCGAUCCCUGCCUCGUUGGGUCGACUCCAGCGACUCAUUGAUUUGGACUUGGCGCUCAACAACCUCAACGGUCCGAUUCCUAGUUCGCUCACUGAGUUGUCGAGCGUUGUUCAGAUAGAGCUCUACAACAACUCGUUAUCCGGCGAGUUACCGGCGGCGGGAUGGUCCAAGUUGACCGCAUUGCGAUUACUCGAUGCAUCGAUGAACGAGUUGAACGGGACGAUUCCGGACGAGUUGUGUUCUCUACCUCUCGAAUCGCUGAAUCUGUAUGAGAAUCAACUCGAAGGUGACUUGCCAGAGAGUAUCACGAAAUCGCCGAAUCUAUACGAAUUACGUAUAUUCGGAAAUCGUCUCAGUGGGGUUUUGCCAAAGGAUCUUGGCAAAGUGUCGCCAUUAAUGUGGGUUGAUGUAUCGAGCAACAAUUUCUCGGGAGAAAUUCCGGCGAGUUUGUGUGAAAUGGGCGAAUUGGAAGAGCUCCUGAUGAUAUAUAACUCGUUUUCCGGUCAAAUACCGGCGAGUUUGAGCGAAUGUCGGAGUUUAACACGUGUCCGGUUGGGGAACAACCACUUUUCCGGCGAAGUUCCGGCUGGAUUUUGGGGGCUUCCACACGUGUUCUUGCUAGAGCUGGUCAACAAUUCGUUUUCCGGCGGAAUUGGUAAAACCAUUGCCAGUGCGACUAAUUUGUCGUCUCUAAUUAUUUCCAAAAACAGUUUCAGCAGUGAAAUUCCAGAGGAAAUUGGGUGGUUGGAGAAUUUGGUGGAAUUUUCUGGAAGUGACAACCGGCUAACGGGGUCGUUACCGUCUAGUAUCAUGAAUCUUGGACAGUUGGGAAAGCUUGAUCUUCAAAAUAAUGGCUUAUCUGGUGAGCUUCCAAGUGAACUUCGUUCUUGGAAGAAGCUCAAUGAGCUAAAUCUUGCAGAUAACGAUUUUUCCGGGAAUAUUCCCGAGGAAAUUGGAAGCUUGUCUGUGCUUAAUUAUCUUGAUCUUUCCGGGAAUAGAUUUUCCGGGAAAAUCCCAUUCAGUUUGCAGAACUUGAAGGUCAAUCAGCUGAAUUUGUCGAAUAAUCGCCUUUCUGGCGAUAUUCCUCCUUUGUUUGCUAAGGAGAUGUAUAAAAAUAGCUUCUUGGGGAAUCCGGGCUUGUGCGGUGACAUAACUGGUUUGUGUGAUGGUAGAGGCGAUUCUAAGAACUUAGGUUAUGUGUGGUUACUCCGAUCUAUCUUUAUACUAGCCGGGCUAGUUCUUAUUGUGGGUGUUGUUUGGUUUUACUGGAAGUAUAGGAGUUUCAAGGGAAAAAAAGCUAUUGACAAAUCGAAAUGGACUUUGAUGUCAUUUCAUAAAUUGGGUUUUAGUGAAUAUGAGAUCUUGGAUUCUCUUGAUGAAGAUAAUGUGAUAGGAAGUGGAUCUUCUGGAAAAGUUUACAAGGCUGUUCUUAGCAAUGGAGAGGCGGUGGCGGUGAAAAAGCUAUGGGGAGGAUCGAAAAUAGCCGAUGAGAGUGGUGAUGUUGAGAAGGGUCAGAUUCAAGAUGAUGGAUUUGAGGCAGAGGUUGGGACAUUGGGAAAGAUUAGGCAUAAGAACAUCGUUAAGCUAUGGUGUUGUUGCACUACAAGGGAUUGCAAGCUUUUGGUUUAUGAGUAUAUGCCUAAUGGAAGCUUGGGAGAUUUACUUCAUAGUAGCAAAAGUGGGCUAUUGGACUGGCCAACAAGGUAUAAGAUAGCACUUGAUGCAGCUGAGGGGCUUUCUUAUCUGCAUCAUGAUUGUGUUCCUGCGAUCGUGCACAGAGAUGUGAAAUCGAACAACAUCUUGUUGGAUGGCGAUUAUGGAGCUCGAGUGGCGGAUUUUGGGGUGGCGAAGGUGGUUGAUGCAAGUGGAAAGGGGCCUAAAUCGAUGUCGGUCAUUGCAGGAUCUUGUGGUUACAUUGCACCAGAAUAUGCAUACACACUCCGAGUUAACGAGAAGAGUGACAUAUACAGCUUUGGCGUGGUCAUCCUUGAGUUAGUCACAGGGAGACUCCCAGUUGAUCCCGAGUUCGGGGAGAAGGACUUGGUGAAGUGGGUGUGCACUACUUUGGACCAGAAAGGCAUAGACCACAUAAUCGACCCGAAGCUAGAUGGUUGUUUCAAAGAAGAGAUAUGCAAAGUUUUAAACAUUGGCCUCCUCUGCACAAGCCCCCUCCCUAUCAACCGCCCCACCAUGAGGAGGGUGGUAAAAAUGUUGCAAGAAUUGGGUGCCGAAAACCAUCCCAAGACUGCUAAGAAAGAUGGCAAAUUGUCCCCUUAUUACUACGAGGAAGCCUCUGAUCAUGGAAGCGUAGCUUGAGAAAGGUUUUGCACCAAGUCCGGUCACCAUCAAAAUGGAUAUAUAGUAUAAUUCAAGGAGAGUGAAACUGUGAAAGUGAAGUUGCCCUCCCUGUUUGGCAAACUUCUAGCGUCCAUCGCACCACUGGUGUUUGAUUUCAUGAGGGAAAGGAAGAGAAGUGAAGUGAAGUUGAAUUCUAGAAUAGAGAGAGGGAGAGUUACUAUGGAUUUGAUGUUUUUAUUAUGCAUUGUAAAUUUAUUGAUAAUCAAAGUUUUUCUUCCUAAGAAAGAGAAGGAAAGUUCUUUUCUAA